AUGUCUUCAUCAGAACCCAAAACUACUGCUAAGUGCACAAUAGUCACUACAAAGGGGGUCCUGCAAGUUGAAUUGUGGGCUCAUGAAAUACCGAAAACAUGUAGGAAGUUUCUACAACUCUGUUUGAAUGGAUCCUUUGAAAAAUGUCAAUUAAACGAUAUAGAUACAGGAUCGAUUGGUUUAUCUUCUACAUUUUACACUAAUUUAACAAGAGAACAUAAUUCAAGAUUAAAAGUAGUUACAGAUGGGAUUUUAUGUUGGGAUACGAAAAAAGGGACAUGGAUUGUUUCCACUUUGGAUUGGAGUCAUACUUUUCAUUCUAAUACUAAUAUCUUUGGUAAGAUUGCUGGAAACUCAAUAUACACAUUUAGAGAAAUUGUUAGUGGUGAAAAAAAUCCUGAUGAUCCUAAAAAAUAUUUGUAUCCAGCUGAAAUUGAACAUAUUGAAGUUUCCGUGCCAUAUUUUAAAGAUCUUGAUGUAGGAAGGCUGAAACGACCUAUAAAAGCAAUAGAAGAUGAUGAUAAACUUCGAAGAGGUAAAGUGAAACAAAUGAUGAAAGUGCGUUUAAGCUAUGAUGAUCUUGAUGGGGAAAAUUCUGAGGAUGAAGGUAGUGACAACAAUAUCGAUACCGCCCCAAUAAAGAUGAAAUUACCUCGCUGGAUAGAAAGUGCCAAUGAUAAUAAGCUAUCUAAGAAAGAAGAAAAUAAACUAAUAUCGGUCUGUACCGACGUUGAAACAAGAGAUGACCUUACGCAUCACCUGCCUAUCAACUCUGAUUUGAUUAAGGAAAUUACAGAACCAGACGAAGUUGGAAGUCUCGAGGAAGAAGAUACUAAAUCCAAACAUGUCAACUCAGACGAUAUUUCUGAAAGAGAACGCGAAACGUUGAAGGUGCUUGCUCUGUUCCAAGAUGAAGUCAAGGAUAAAAAGAUCCUUUCUAGGAAAACCUAA